AUGUUAAAACCUGAGGACGGGGAAGGUAAGGGGCAGGAAGCAAAGUCUCCUCCACUAUCGACUGUCAAUCCUCGGAGUGUAGAAAUGUUGGAUGGUUUUGUGAAACGAUUGACAUCAGCUAAUGAGAUGUUAGCUCUCUCGGUUGCGCAGUUAUCAGUUCUAGUUGACUUUGAGUUGCAAGGAUUGAAACAAAUCUAUGCCGAACUGGGAAUGCCUCAAAUGCCCGAUGACACAUCGGCAGACGAAUGGUUGUUGGCUAUCCAUAGUGGUGCAUUUCCAUCAGACCUUGGUGAGGAUACUGACGAAAUCAGCAAUGCUACCCAAGGAGACACUCCUGCCGACGAGAUGGAAGUGAAGUUGGAAGCCAAAAUGCAGGUCAGAGGUGCACCUGAGUCCAUCUCACCCGUCGCUCCAUCACUGCCUUCCUCUCCGCCACCACAAAAGACGGUUGAUGCUUUUGCCUUCUUCGUGCAGCAUGUGGGAGCAACACUGCGUCGCGAUCACGGGUCUGCUCUUCGUGGUGACGUCAACGAGGCUUGGCUGGAGGCAAAACUUGCCGCCAAGUGGACUUCCCUCAGUGCUGACGAGAAGCACGCUUGGCAGCGCGCUGCUGAAAGUGCUUAUCGAACAUCCUGA